GGGGAGCCGGGAGCGGGGAGCGCGGGCGGCGGCCGAGCGCGCGGGACGCUCUAGGACCCAGCAGCGGCGGGCGGUCGGCUUCGGGGCUGGAGGCGAAGCCCUGGCGUUCCUCUCCUUCCUGUGUGAAUGGGGCUGACUGUCGGGCGCCGCUGCCCCGCGCUGCCCCGCGCCAUGCCCUGCACGCUGCCCGGCGGCCUCCUUCCCCAGCCGCGCCACUGAGCUAGCCAUGGUCGCCUCAUGUGGAGGGCAAAGUUGCGCCGGGGAACUUGUGAGGCAGCCGUGAAAGGACCCUCUCCUGUCUGUUACAGCCCUGGUAGUUCCACCCCGAUUCUAGAAGACCCCAACUACUUUUUCCCAGACUUCCAGCUCUAUUCUGGGAGGCGCGAAGCAUCUGCUUUGACGGUGGAGGCAAACGGUGGCAUCAGGGAAAAAGUUGUUGAGGAUCCUCUGUGUAACUUCCACUCCCCAAACUUCCUGAGGAUCUCAGAGGUGGAAAUGAGAGGUUCCGAGGAUGCGGCAGCUGGAACAGUAUUGCAGCGGCUGAUCCAGGAACAACUGCGGUAUGGUACCCCGACCGAGAACAUGAACUUGCUGGCCAUUCAGCACCAGGCCACAGGGAGUGCAGGACCAGCCCACCCUACAAACAACUUUUCUUCCACGGAAAACCUCACCCAAGAAGACCCACAAAUGGUCUACCAGUCAGCACGCCAGGAACCGCAGGGUCAAGAACACCAGGUGGACAACGCGGUGAUGGAGAAACAGGUGCGGUCCACGCAGCCUCAGCAGAACAAUGAGGAGCUGCCCACUUACGAGGAGGCCAAGGCCCAGUCCCAGUUCUUCAGAGGGCAGCAGCAGCAGCAGCAGCAGCAACAGCAGCAGGGGGCUGUCGGCCAUGGGUACUACAUGGCUGGGGGCACCAGUCAGAAGGCCCGGACUGAGGGGAGACCCACGGUGAACCGCGCCAACAGUGGACAGGCACAUAAGGACGAGGCGCUCAAAGAGCUUAAGCAGGGCCACGUCCGCUCGCUCAGUGAGAGAAUCAUGCAGCUAUCCCUGGAGAGGACGGGAGCUAAGCAGCACCUCCCUGGCUCAGGGAGCGGAAAAGGGUUCAAGGCAGGUGGGGGCCCCUCCUCCGCCCAGCCCGCAGGCAAAGCACUGGACCCCCGGGGUCCUCCACCCGAGUACCCCUAUAAGACCAAGCAGAUGAUGUCCCCGGUGAGCAAGACCCAGGAGCAUGGACUUUUCUACAGUGACCAGCACCCAGGGAUGCUCCAUGAGAUGGUCAAGCCAUACCCUGCUCCUCAGCCCGCGAGAACAGAGGUGGCCGUGCUGAGGUACCAGCCGCCCCCGGAGUAUGGGGUUACAAGCCGCCCCUGCCAGCUCCCUUUCCCGUCGACAGUGCAGCCGCACAGCCCUAUGUCCUCCCAGAACCCGUCCGCCGGCGGGCCGCUGCACUCCGUGUCCGUGCCGCUCGCGCUUCCCAUGACCCUGGCGGCCCCGCAGCCCCCGCCCGCCGCCUCCCCCAGCCAGCAGCUCGGGCCCGACGCGUUCGCCAUCGUGGAGCGAGCCCAGCAGAUGGUGGAGAUCCUGACUGAGGAGAACCGCGUGCUGCACCAGGAGCUUCAGGGUUACUACGACAAUGCCGACAAGCUCCAUAAGUUUGAAAAAGAACUUCAGAGGAUUUCAGAAGCCUAUGAGAGCCUGGUCAAGUCCACUACCAAGCGAGAAUCGCUGGACAAGGCGAUGAGAAACAAACUGGAAGGCGAGAUCCGAAGACUUCACGAUUUCAACAGAGACCUGCGAGAUCGGCUGGAGACCGCCAACAGGCAGCUGUCCAGCAGGGACUACGACGGGCACGAAGACAGAGCCGCGGAGGGGCUUUAUGCUUCCCAGAACAAAGAAUUCUUGAAGGAGAAGGAGAAGUUGGAAAUGGAGUUAGCAGCAGUGCGAACCGCCAGCGAAGACCACCGGAGACACAUCGAGAUCCUGGACCAGGCUCUGAGCAACGCCCAGGCCAGGGUCAUCAAGCUGGAGGAGGAGCUACGUGAGAAGCAAGCCUAUGUGGAGAAGGUUGAGAAGCUCCAGCAGGCCCUGAGCCAGCUGCAGUCUGCGUGUGAGAAGCGAGAACAGAUGGAGCGGAGACUGCGGACCUGGCUGGAGAGAGAGCUCGAUGCGCUGAGGACCCAGCAGAAACAUGGAAACGGGCAGCCAGCCAGUGUGCCGGAGUAUAACGCCCCAGCCCUCUUGGAACUUGUGAGGGAGAAGGAGGAGCGGAUCCUGGCCCUCGAGGCCGACAUGACCAAGUGGGAGCAGAAGUACCUGGAGGAGAGCACCAUCCGCCACUUCGCCAUGAAUGCCGCAGCCACUGCGGCAGCCGAGAGGGACACCACGAUCAUCAACCACUCGAGGAACGGCAGCUACGGCGAGAGCUCACUAGAAGCGCACAUUUGGCAAGAGGAGGAGGAGGUGGCGCAGGCCACCAGGAGGUGUCAGGACAUGGAGUACACUAUUAAAAAUCUCCAUGCCAAAAUCAUAGAGAAGGAUGCCAUGAUUAAGGUCCUUCAGCAGCGAUCCAGAAAGGAUGCCGGGAAGACAGACUCCUCGAGCCUGCGUCCUGCCCGCUCCGUCCCAUCCAUUGCUGCGGCCACCGGGACCCACUCCCGCCAGACCUCCCUCACCAGCGGCCAGUUAGCUGAGGAGAAGAAGGAGGAGAAGACCUGGAAGGGGAGCAUAGGGUUGCUGCUGGGGAAGGAGCACCCCGAGCACGCCUCCACGGCCCCCGCUGCGGCGCUGUCCCCCGCUGCCUCUGCUGCCUCGGCCAGCAGUGCCCACGCGAAGACAGGCAGCAAGGACAGCAGCACCCAGACGGACAAGAGCACCGAGCUCCUCUGGCCCAGCAUGGCCUCCCUGCCCAACCGCGGCAGGCUGAGCGCCACCCCUUCCAACAGCCCGGUCCUGAAGCACCCGGUGGCCAAAGGACCUGCAGAGAAACCGGAGACCCUUCCUGGCCACGGGAAAUCCCCUGACCACAAAGGCCGCGUCAGCAGCCUGCUCCACAAGCCUGAGUUCCCUGACGGAGAGAUGAUGGAAGUUCUCAUUUAACACCAGGCAUCUCUGCUGAAUUCUGUAGUGGGACCUUGACAGAUGAAGAACGUGGCUGAAAAGGAGGAGAGCGAGAAAGCUGUGGAUGGGAAAUCAGGAAUGAUUUGAACUGAUAAAGAUUUUUAAAUUUAGUAAGAACACUUUUUAUAAAUAUUAAAAAAAUAUUCAGAAGACCUACAUGAAGACAGUGCUAUGGAUUUGUAUUGCAUAUGGUGGAAAGUCUAUGGAUUUGUAUUGCAUAUGGUGGAAGAGAGAAGACGCAUGUAGGUCUGGAAACAAGGAAGUCACAGGAAGUGGGAUUUUCAUUGUAUAGAAAAUGUAUCUCUGGGGGAGGGUCUGUGUAUACCUGCUCUUUGGUUAUAAACAUAUAAACCUGAACGUGGAUCUUCCUUGAAAUAGCCCCAUUCUCCUUGCCUCUUAGCAUGUUUUUUUUUUUUUUUUAAAGAAGAACCUCUUAGAAGUCUCAGAGAGCCCAUCUCGGCAUAAUGUAAUGUCACCUGUGCCAUUCGGGGUGUCCUAUGAAUGUCUGUGGGUGUGGCAGUGAGAAGAUGUGUCCUGGGGUGAUGGGAGCUUAGAAGGCGGUUCUCUCCUAACUCUCUGCUUGGGUUGGGUUUUCAGGAGACUGUGCGGCUUCUCAGCUUUUCUGGAUUCUGCAGAAAAAAUACAAAAUAGGAUGGGAGUAUUAUGAUUUUGGUGCUCAAACUCCCUAACCGUGCUGAGUUCCUCUUCCUCUGCUUCAUUCUCUUUCAUUAUACUCUUCUUUUCCUUCACUUUUCUCCCCCUUGUUGAUAAGACAUGGCAGAAUUCCUUAGGCCUGGGAUUUAUUAGAGCAGAGUCUGAUCUCUGGUUAAUAGUGACCAGUGGGACAAGGCCAUAUUCUGGCUCCUUCCUCCACCGUGCAGUCUUUGGGCUGCAGCUGUUACUCAUUGUGACCGUGAACUAGGUAAGUUUUGAUGAGGCGGACAUUUCCAUGGUCCCUGUGACAUCGUGCGUUCAGCGCUAGGCCCUGGCUUUUCGCUCUCACAUCAGCUGCCUUGCAUAGAGCUUGCUGUUUGCACCCUAUUGCCUUGUUGGGCUGAGACUUUUCAAGACUCAGGACUGCCCUCCAGAAAAGCAGGACUCUUGACGUGGUGGCAUCCACAGUCUCAACAGGCAGCUUGUACCACUUUCUAGAAUUUGUGGCUCAUGAACAUACUCCCCACUGUCCCCACCGUCUCUCACUCUUCUGGUCACUGUUGACGAGCGCGUAGAUUGCCGUGUUAACACAUCAGUUUUUCUCUGUCAUGAACUUGCUUUGUAACCAAACAGGCCAGUAUAUACACAGUGCGAUCACGUUUUUCGAGGUUUCCAUCUGGGGCAAGUUGAGCAAAGUAAGACAGAAGCACCAUGUUGAAGAGCCGGGAGCGGGUGAGGUAGCGCGCCGUCCCCUGUGUAUGGUGGCAUGUCUGACACAUCUAAGCGGUGCUGCCCAGGAAAGAGGAGAAACUGAUCAGGCUGUCUGAUGCUCCUGCGGGGCCCUGAGACUUUUCUGCCUCCAGGCCAGCUGGAUCCUUGUUACCCGACUUCCUUCCCCUCGUGCUUACUUGAGGGAAGGAAGAAAAAGAGCAUGGAUCCGAGACCUUCUCAAGUCCCACCUGAAUGGAGCCCUGAAGACCACAGUCCACAGGGAAUUUUGCUUGGGUGGGUUAUUUUAGAGUUGGUCUUUCAAGUGCAAGGUGGGUGGUGCUGUAGCCUCCCCAGAUUGAAGCGGAGGAAGGAGGAUCCGGGUGUGGACUGGAGAAAGGGAGGAAGGAAAUCUGUGGCCUUGGCCCGAUGGAGCAUAGUUAGUGUGACAUUGCAGGACCUGAUUCUUCCCAGGGCUCUGCUCUGUGCUGGGCGCCGGGCUUUGUGCUUCAUGCUGCUUGCCUCCUCGAGUCUCAUCCGCCCCGGGAAGCCAGAGCCAUUCUGGGGACCGUGCAGCCUGCCUAGUGCCCUGGGCUUGUGCGAGUGUGGAUGCGGGCAGGGGUGGGGCACAGGAGGGGUUGUCCCAGUUUCUGCUCCCAUCACUUUUUACAGGUGGUGAGGCUGCCGUAAUGGCAGGUGUUUCUCUUAAGGAUAUUUCGAGCCCUGAUGAAUGUUGGGAAUGGACCAGGCAUGAGAGAGUCUAGAGAUAGGAGGGAAAGUCUUCUCUGCCAGCCUCCACCGGGCCACCCCCAAGCCGGGUUAUCUCCCCUGGACAUGGGUAAAAGCGAGAGCCACGGCGCUAUUUCCCCCAAGCCUCAUCAGCAUCUGCAGGCACCAGGCUCUCCUGUCCAGAUCCAGUGUGGUAGUUGUCGUAAUGCAAACCAAAAAAACAUCCCCGAUUCUGUUGGGUAUGCUGUGGUCUCUAUCAGUCUUACCUCUUCCAGUUCACUAAGACUCUUCCAUAAGAAAAGGGUCUCUAGCUUUCAGAUGUGCUUUUUUUUUUUUUCUUUUCUGGGACAUUUCCUGCCCCACAGGGACCCCCUGACGCUGGCUUGACAUGUGUGCAGCUUUCUCAAAGGCUUGCUUGCACAUAAGAGAAAGGGAUUGCAAAUACCGAGCCCCUGUUCUGCAUUCUGGGCGGUUUCCAAUCCUUUAUCUCUUUUGAUUUUCAGAGAAAUAAUGCCAGUUCUGGUUUUUAGUGCUGAGUAUAUGCAGGCAGGGUGGUAAGUACCUUUUAACGAGUACCUGAGCCACCCAGAGAGCCAAGGCUAGUUUGUUCUUAUUUCACAGAGGAGGAAACUGGGGCUCAGGGAGGUUCAGUCCCUCCCCAAAGCCUCAGAGCAGUGGCAUCUGAACCAAGGGUCUGAGAGAGGAGCUGUGCUGCCAGUACAGGCUGGACUGGGUGGUGGCUAUCUCUCAUGCCGCGUCUUGGCCCACUCUCCUCCUGUCUAUGAUGUGCUCUCUUGUGCGCACACAGACACGUACGCGUGUGUGCGCGCGUGCACACACACACACACACACAGACACACACAGCUGCCACACCCCUUGGGAGCUAAGAAAUAGGACUACAAGCCCAGAACUCCUAGAAUUGCCCCUAAACACGAGGUACAGAUGAAAGUCUUCAUGUUCUAUCCUGUGCAAGGUGACAAAAUCCAUCUAAAAACACUUGCAUGCUGUCCAGAGGCCUGGACUUCCCAGUAGUGUCUGAUUAUGGCACUCAUGAGGGGCGGGGGAAGGGUAAAGGCUUUGGCUUUGUGUGAAGACAUCCCAGAGUAAUUCUGCUUCCUCCCGGAAUGAGUUGUCUAGCAAUUUCUGCGUGCUGACCAGGGUACCAUAGGGAAUAGAUGUUGUUGGAUUCCAGCAACUAAUUUCAGAACAAGUGCAUUAGCUUGUUCUUCUCGCGGUUUUUCUUCUGCCUCCCAGAGGCUGGUUAGCACUGACUGUUGAGUUUGGCCCAUUCCAGGCAGACGUGCAGGACAAGACGCCGCGUCCCUCUCAGGGCUUUGGUUGGAGGGCAGAAAGCAGUGGGGCUGUUCUCUCUUCAGUCCUGCAUCUUGGGAACGCAUCGUGCACUUGACUGCACAGGGCUCAGGUCGGAUAUCGAGAUAGUUGCUCCUUAUGAAUUCUGAUCUUGAAGCAGAGACUUCGGUGGUCUUUUCAGGGAUGGCUGCUGCAGAGAAGCUGACCAUCACUCCUGUUCCCCCCUGGGAUUGCCCUCAGCCACCUGUGUCCUCCCAAUGCUGAGUGCUAAUGGGAAGCCAGACCCCCACCCUUGCCACCUUCCGAGUCAGAGACUGCUGUGAGCACAGAUGUCACGUGAGGUUGAGUUCUCAGGAGGCAGUGAAGAAUAGAUCAGGCUUUUAAAAGGUUUCGAGGCAGGGAGCUCAUGCGUGACUGCACGGAGCUCCGCUGAGCCUAAAAAGGCUGCUUUCCAAAACCAAAGUCUUGCUCCAGUCUGCACUUGGAGUCGGGGGAGCAUGCUUCUGUGGGCUGCUGCAAAUGAAUUUGCACUCCUGAGCAAAGGAGUUCCAUGGCCGUGGUAAGUGGGAACCUGCAGAUAUUCUUAAAUGGGAAAGCCAUCGCACAGCCGGAGAGCGUCCAACCCAUCGUUGGCUUCUUCAGCAUCCCCAAGCUGGAGGCAACCAUGAUAGAUGCUUUACAAAUAUUGCUUUUCUUUUCUUCUUUCUCACUAAUUAAUUGAUGUGCUUAAAAUGUCUUUAUUCGAUGUGAGGUUUGUUUAAUCAGCUUGCCUCUGCUGCUUGGCUCCGUAGGAGAUGGGUGGAGUCAUUAAGAAGCUUCCAGAAGCUGACCAACUGGGAGCAUAUAAAGGUCAGCAUUUCAGUAAAUGGAUUUCUUCUGGAACUAGUGAGCAGUUUUCCCUCUUCCUUUUAAGUAGUAUAUCCUUUUCUUGUUUAGUAAUUUAAUGAUAUAUGAAGACCCGUGUAUAUGUCAGUACAUACAUAUAAGGUAUGACUACAAGGUUGUGUGUUGGGUUUCCUUUCUUAAUAUCUGGAAGAUCCAAGUGUUUCAUCUCACCCCUUCCUCAAACGGUGACCCUUUGGGGGACUGUACUGAUCGCUGCCCCAUUGCUCAAGUGGAAACAGCGAACACGUCUGUUAGAAAGGCCUUUGGGGCCUGCCACUGUUCUUUAGUUAUCCCUACAGAGGAGAAAUUGUCAUCCUUUGAGGAUGGAUUUAAGUGUGGAAAUAAUUCCAGCUGAAUAAAUAAAGAUGGGUGAUUAAGGUCACACCAUUUAAGAAAGAAAAUCCCCCAGAAUGCUCCUUGGAAUGAGUCUUUGGACUCCUAGUGCCUCUCCAAGUGGCCCCUUCCAGGGAGGAUGGUGUCAUCAGUACAUGUCAUUUCGGGUGGGUUCACUUUUAAAUAUCUUUUCUCUUGCCAUGCCUUGUAUGUGUUCACAUCUCUGCAUACACACAGACAGAAGUGCAUAUUCAUUCGUAUAGACGACCAGGAGGUGCCCUGUAAAGCCCUGUUAUACUUAAGUGCAUGUUUUUGUCGUGUUAAGCAAUGACUGGGGUGUUGCUUUGUCAUAAAACUUUGCUUCUUCACGGGAUUAAAACCCUCUCAAUAUAAGGAAGUACAUACACAGCAUUUUCUUGUAGCAGCUCCCAAACUGUUGAUGCCCAGUGGUGUGUGUACAUGUGAUUUUUGCCUCAGAUUCUGUUUGCAUUUAGACACCUGCCAGUAUUUAUUACUAACCAGAAAGAACGUAAGCACAUUUAUCCACAGUGGUUUUCUUUCAAUUAAGGUGUUUUCCCCUUUUGUGGACGGACAGUGGAGCCCCCUCCUCAACGGGGCACUGGCAGAAUCUGUGUGAAAUUCUGUGAAAUGAGGGCAGGCGCAUGCACUUGGAUGGCCCUAGGGCCACCACCCUCUCCACCCACCAUAUAUGUCAUUGCAGUGCUUGGUGGCAGCGUGCUGCGUUCCCUCCAGCCGACUCUGGUGUGACAUCUUGACAUCUUUGUCUCACUGGUCUAUAUUGAAGAGGGGGUGGUAUGCAGAGCUGCCCAGCUGGGGGCGGGGGCUCUGUGUACGGGGCUGGGGGGGCGGUGUCAGAACGCAGUGUGUCCCCCACAGCCAAUGUUGAUACUGUUGGUCAGCCAAAGAUUUCCUCUUCUUUGCUGCUUAAACUUGUGCCUUAAUAUUGUAUAUAAUAAAGGGAUAAAAUGGCUCUUC